CUUUGACCUUAUCAGAAAAUCAAAACAAACACAUGCGUGACACAGAGCACGUAUUACAGCUGGCUAGAAUUUACUAGAAAGGUUAUGGGCCAUUUGUGUACACAGACUAGGUUUGUGAGAUGGAUGACAGCAUAGAAAUGGAACUGGCCACUUUGGCUUCAGCAGAGAGGGAUAGAUCCUUCCUCCUGGUUAAAGGUAUCGGAGGAGCGGUUUGUCUCACUUAUGUUGUCAACACAGCCCUGGUCUUCCCUUGGUACAGAAGGUCUCCGUUGCCCUAUGUCGCAUCCGGACGAUCGCAGGUAGACCGUGUACUCAGACUGCUGGAAGGCAGACCUGGAAAGGUCGCUGACCUAGGCAGUGGUGAUGGGCGCAUUGUCUGUGCUGCAGCCACCCAGGGUUUUCACACAGACGGGUAUGAGUUGAACCCUUUCUUACUCGGCUACUCCAGGCUUAUGGCACACAGGAAAGGUCUGGCAAGUCUGGCCAGAUUUCACAGGAAGGACCUGUUUGAGGCAGAUCUAAGGCUGUACAACAACAUUGUCAUCUAUGGAGAACCUCUAAUACUGAGAAGAUUGGAGCAGAAACUUGCUGAGGAGGUAACAUCAGGGUCAAGGGUCAUCUGCUGCAGGUACCAGCUGCCCACCUGGGCACCAACCUCAACACUAGGGGAAGGGAUUGAAACCAUCUAUGUCUAUGACAAGGUCUGAUCUUACUGGAGUACAGUUUGGCAGACUGAGACAUUUCUUAUUGGAUCACUGUUGAUGGCUUAGAUGUCACUGUUCACUAAGUCUGAUAAAAAGCGUGCUAGCACAAACCAACAGUUGGAUCCAGGCUGUAAAGUGACAAUUUGCAAUGCAAGGAAAGCUUGGAGAUACCAAAAGUAGAGCAUCUGUUAGAUAUGAUCUAUGAAUAAAGGCUCCUUUGAAAGUGG